ACCCAGCCCGGCUGCUCUCCGCCUUCUCCCCGCCGUGCCAGCCAGCCUCUCUCUGGGUCUUCACUACCGGGUCAGGCUGGAGGCGAGCGUGAUCAGACACCCCCCCAGCACACACAGCCCUGCCUCUCCUCCUCCUCCUCCUCUCCGGGCCGUCUCCAUCCCUCCCUCCUUCCCCACACCCUCCCUGCUUCCCCGCUGCCAGUUACUGUACAACUAGUGCACACACACACUCACACACACACACACUCACAGAGGGUCCCGGCUGCCGCAGCUGCCAUGGAUAUCAGCUAAAAACACCCAGCCAGCCAGCCAGUCUGACAGUCAGUCAGGGGCCGAGUCAACCCCCCGCCCCACUCCCCACCUCUCCAUCCUCCUCGCCACCCGGCGGCCACGGCCCCUGCGGUGCCACCAUUCAGCCGGCCGGGAGCCGCAGCAGCAGCCCCGGACCCAGCCCCCCUGACCCACCAGCCCCCCGCCCCCAAAAGGAGCCCGGCUCAAGACCAGCACCCAGCACGCCAGGGAGACUCCGCCAGCCCAUCCCCACUGCAAUGUCCAAGGGCUUGAAGAAGAAAAGCCACUGGACGAGCAGGGUCCACGAGAUUGUCCUAGGCAGGAACCAGGAGGGGCAGCUGGGCUUUGAGCUGAAAGGGGGCGCCGAGAACGGGCAGUUCCCGUACCUGGGGGAGGUGAAGCCCGGCAAGGUGGCCUAUGAGAGCGGCAGCAAGUUGGUGCCGGAGGAGCUGCUGCUGGAGGUGAACGAGACCCCCGUGGCCGGGCUCACCAUCAGGGAUGUGCUGGCCGUGAUCAAGCACUGCAAGGACCCCAUCCGGCUGAAGUGUGUCAAGCAAGGAGGCAUCGUUGAUAAGGACCUUCGUCACUACCUCAAUUUACGGUUCCAGAAAGGUUCGGUGGACCACGAGCUCCAGCAGAUCAUACGAGACAAUCUCUACCUCCGCACAGUGCCAUGCACCACAAGGCCACAUAAGGAGGGGGAGGUCCCGGGUGUGGACUAUAUAUUCAUCACUGUUGAAGAUUUUAUGGAACUGGAGAAAAGUGGUGCUCUCUUAGAAAGUGGAACAUAUGAAGACAACUACUACGGCACUCCAAAGCCUCCAGCAGAACCAGCUCCAUUAUUGUUAAAUGUGACAGAGCAGAUCCUUCCAGGUGCCACACCUAGUGCUGAAGGCAAACGUAAGAGGAAUAAAUCAGUGAGCAAUAUGGAGAAGACAGGUAUUGAACCACCAGAAGAGGAAGAGGAAGAAAGACCUGUGGUCAAUGGAAAUGGCAUGGUAGUAACACCAGAAUCGAGUGAACAUGAAGAGAAGAGUACAGGUGCCUCAGGUGAGAUUUCCUCCCAGCCUUAUCCUGCGCCAGUAUACAGUCAGCCUGAAGAAGCAAAGGAGAAUAUGGAUGUAACAAAGCAAACAAAACCUGAAGAGAAUGAUGAGUUGGGCCCAUUACCUGAUAAUUGGGAAAUGGCUUACACAGAAAAAGGGGAAGUCUACUUUAUUGACCAUAACACAAAGACAACAUCAUGGCUGGAUCCACGACUUGCGAAAAAGGCUAAACCUCCUGAAGAGUGCAAAGAAAAUGAGCUUCCAUAUGGCUGGGAGAAAAUUGAUGAUCCCAUUUAUGGCACUUAUUAUGUUGACCACAUAAAUAGAAGAACACAAUUUGAAAAUCCUGUCCUAGAAGCAAAAAGGAAGCUACAGCAGCAUAACAUGCCCAACGCAGAACUUGGAACAAAGCCUAUGCAGGCCCCAGGUUUCCGAGUAGAAAGCGCCUCAUCAACAUUACCUAGGCCUAAACACGUUCACCCGCAUCCUGCUCCUCAGAGGUCUCGCAGUGUGAAUGAUCUGUCUCAGUGUCGGCGGGACAAUGCUGGAAUGUACAGUCUGUAUGAAAAACCACUCUUCACCCGUGAUGCAUCACAACUGAAGGGAAUUUUCCUCAGCACAACUCUCAAGAAGAGCAACAUGGGCUUUGGAUUUACCAUCAUUGGUGGGGACGAGCCAGAUGAGUUUCUACAGGUGAAGAGUGUAAUUCCUGAUGGGCCUGCAGCACAGGAUGGCAAAAUGGAAACAGGUGAUGUCAUUGUCUAUAUUAAUGAAGUUUGUGUCCUUGGGCAUACUCACGCAGAUGUAGUCAAACUCUUCCAGUCAGUUCCUAUUGGUCAGAGUGUCAACCUGGUGCUAUGUCGUGGAUACCCUUUGCCCUUUGAUCCUGAAGAUCCUGCCAACAGCAUGGUGCCACCACUUGCAGUAAUGGAGAGGCCUCCGGUAGUGGUAAAUGGAAGACAUAACUAUGAAACUUAUUUGGAAUACAUUUCUAGGACCUCUCAAUCUGUUCCAGAUGUAACAGAUCGACCACCACAUCCCUUGCACUCCAUUCCAGCAGAUAGUCAGCUUGAUAGCACAUUCCCACCACCUGUUCAUGAUGAUAAUGUAUCAAUGGCUUCUUCUGGGGCCACCCAAGCUGAACUCAUGACCUUAACCAUUGUGAAAGGGGCCCAGGGCUUUGGCUUCACUAUAGCAGACAGUCCUACAGGACAGAGGGUGAAGCAAAUUCUAGACAUUCAGGGAUGUCCUGGUUUGUGUGAAGGUGACCUCAUUGUUGAGAUCAACCAGCAGAAUGUACAGAACCUGAGCCAUGCAGAAGUAGUGGAUAUACUUAAAGAAUGUCCUGUUGGAAGUGAAACUUCUUUGAUUAUCCAUAGAGGAGGUUUCUUUUCUCCAUGGAAAACUCCAAAGCCUAUGAUGGAGCGAUGGGAGAAUCAAGGCAGCCCUCAGACCAGUUUAUCUGCUCCAGCUAUACCACAGAGUAUUCCCUUUCCACCCACCCUUCACAGGAGUUCAUUUCCUGAUUCAACAGAGGCCUUUGAUCCAAGAAAACCCGACCCAUAUGAGCUAUAUGAGAAGUCAAGAGCUAUUUAUGAAAGUAGGCAGCAAGUGCCGCCCAGGACUGGUUUUCGAGUGGAUUCCUCUGGUCCAGAUUACAAGGAGCUGGAUGUUCAUCUUCGGAGGAUGGAGUCUGGAUUUGGCUUCAGAAUCCUUGGAGGAGAUGAACCUGGACAGCCUAUUCUGAUUGGAGCAGUAAUUGCAAUGGGCUCUGCAGACAGAGAUGGUCGUCUACAUCCUGGUGAUGAGUUGGUGUAUGUAGAUGGGAUCCCAGUGGCUGGCAAAACCCACCGAUACGUGAUUGAUCUCAUGCAUAAUGCAGCCCGAAAUGGGCAAGUGAAUCUUACUGUGAGAAGAAAGGUGCUAUCUAUAGAAUCCUGCAGCCAGAAAUCCUCCCUCCAACCUGGCUCAACGCCCCCUAGGAGCUCCCCAAACCCUAGGAAAAUGGCCAGUUACCAAGGAGACCCUUGCCCAGAAAAUGGCAGAAGCCCAGGUUCAGUGUCUACACACCACAGUUCUCCUAGAAGUGACUAUGCUGCUUAUGCUAACAGUAAUCAUGCUGCAUCUAGUAGUAAUGCUACACAACCAGAGGGCUUUACUUCACACAGCUUACAAACCAGUGACGUUGUCAUCCACCGGAAAGAGAAUGAAGGGUUUGGCUUUGUUAUCAUCAGCUCUUUGAACAGGCCUGAAUCUGGAUCUACAAUAACUGUACCCCAUAAAAUAGGGAGGAUAAUUGAUGGAAGUCCUGCUGAUCGCUGUACAAAACUAAAAGUCGGAGACCGGAUCUUAGCUGUGAAUGGCCAGUCUAUUAUUAACAUGCCUCAUGCAGAUAUUGUGAAGCUAAUUAAAGAUGCAGGUCUUAGUGUAACACUUCGCAUCAUUCCUCAGGAGGCUUCCCAUUAUGCAGAGCUGAACAGUCCAGCUUCAGCACCAAGCUCAGAGAAACAGAGCCCCAUGGCACAGCAACACAGCCCGAUGGCUCAGCAGAGUCCAGUAGCACAGCAGAGCCCUGUAGCACACCACAGUCCUGUAGCACAACCACCACCUCCACAACCUCUCCAGUUACAAGGACAUGAAAACAGUUAUAGGUCAGAAGUAAAAGCAAGACAGGAUGUGAAACCCGACAUCCGACAACCUCCAUUUACUGACUACAGGCAGCCUUCAGCGGACUAUAGACAGCCUCCGUUAGACUACAGGCAUCCUCCAGUAGUGGAUUACCAGCAGCCACCACCUCUGGACUACAGGCAGCCACCUUUAAUAGAUUACAGACAACAUUCUCCUGACACCAGGCAAUAUCCUCUGUCAGAUUACAGGCAGCCCCAGGAUUUUGAUUAUUUCACUGUUGACAUGGAGAAGGGAGCCAAAGGGUUUGGAUUUAGUAUUCGAGGAGGAAGGGAGUACAAAAUGGAUUUGUAUGUGCUGAGGUUAGCAGAAGAUGGGCCAGCAAUAAGAAAUGGAAGGAUGAGGGUAGGGGAUCAAAUAAUUGAAAUCAAUGGGGAAAGUACAAGGGACAUGACACAUGCCAGAGCAAUAGAGCUAAUCAAGUCUGGUGGCAGGAGAGUGCGGCUCUUAUUAAAGCGCGGAACAGGCCAGGUUCCGGAAUAUGGAAUGGUACCUUCCAGUCUCUCCAUGUGCAUGAAAAGUGACAAGCAUGGGUCCCCAUAUUUCUACUUAUUGGGCCACCCUAAAGACACGACGAACCAAACUCCUGGAGUUCUCUCUCUGCCACCUCCCCAGGUCUGCCGGAAAUAGCUAUUUCCCUCGAUGACAUAAUCUCACCAUUAUCUUCAUCACAUCUAGCCCCACUCUCUGACCCUUCUCACCAGAUAAACCCAGAACCAAGAUGGGAUAUCAAGAGGGAACAUGAUGUAAGAAAACCAAAGGAGCUUUCGUCAAAUGGCCACAAAAAGAAAAGGUUAGGAGAGCAAAGAGAAAGGUCAGCAAGUCCGAAAAAGGUAGACAGGACAAAGCAUGAAGAGGCUUCUAGGAAAGGAUACUCAGAAGGCAAAAAAAAGACCACUGGUGGCGGCAGGCCCACCUCUGAAAGUAAGGCAGUGGGACAGAGUGUUACGAUCGAGGCUGGAGCAAGAGAGCAUGUAUGUGCCAGAAUCAACGAUGAACAUCUUGGGAGAUCCAAGAAGCCAGAAGGCAAGAAAGAUGGAUCUCUCAGUGUGAAAGAAGAUCACAGAUCUGGAAAUACCUCUGAGAAGAAAUCAGCUGCAGCUUCUGAACAUGUCAAGCUUGAUUUAGUUGGUGCUACAAAGACGUACAGUAGCAAUAGCUGCAGCUCACAUGGAAGUGAUAUGGACCAGAACAAGAGGGACCCUGAUGGGAAACCCAGUGAGUUCCCCAGGAAGGGACAUCUCCAUUCCAUUAACACACGCAGCAUCAACAAUACAGUUCGGAAGGCAACAGUCUCACCAGGCCCAUGGAAAAUUCCUGGCUCGGAUAAGCUACCUAGUGUACUGAAGUCUGGCACUUCUGCCAUGAGCAGAUAAAUAAGUGAACUGUUGCCCUCUAACUGUUUCACACUGAUGCAGAACAUACUUCUUAGCUUCUGUCUCACAUUGAUUUAUUUUAAUUUAUUUUAACUAUCACACAUAUACACAAAACACUGAAGAAUGGAAACAUUAAUGUGUAAUUCCAUGACAAUAUGCACAAUGUCUAAUAAAUUCAAGCAGCAUAUAGUCAACAUGGAGAUUUAAAACUGACCCUGAAGUCCCCAGUUCCAUUUUAGGGACUUUGGCAGCUAUGGAAGAAACCAAAACAAAAUGAAGGACAAUGUGUCAGAGAAGGACAGUGCAGUGUAGCUUUAGUAUUUUUAUUCCACUGCAUGAAGGACUUGGAUUUAGUUCAAACUUUAUAUCAAGGAACUGGAGCAAGUUAGAGCAAUCACAGACUGGAACAUCGCCUUAAAUAACACUGCACGAAGCAAGCUGAAACUGAGAAAGAAUAUUUUAACUGAGCUAAGAUGUUGUAAAUAUAUUGUUCUCAACAUAUCUAGACAAGGGUUGAAGGGUUUCUUUGAAACUAUACGCCCAGGACACGUCUCCACUGUUAACAAUUUGGAAUAGUCCACAUGAUCCCCAGCAGCAUAGUUCACUUCAUGUGUUGAGUUGGAUGAGUUGGGGAAUCUAAUGGAUUUGUUGGUGUGAUAGCAUUUCUACUGCCAUUUUGUGAACAAAUCAUAUUUCUGUACAUUGGAAAGGAGUUAGGGUGCAGUUGUAGUUGCAAAUUAUCCUCAAAAACGAUUUACCACAGGUUCCCCUAAUAUUACAAGUAGCACAGAAACCUCAGUUGGUCAAGCUCAAAACUGAGACUUACAGUUCCAAGACCUUUAUAAUGACAGGAUGAUUCUUAAAAGAAAAAAAGCUGCAGUUUCCUUAAUGAAAGGCCUUUCUUUCCCACAGAAAACAACAAUUUUGCUUAUCAACAGUGCUAUAUUUUGUAUAUCUAUACAGACUUUAGUUAAGGCAUCUUUAAGUUUUGGCAGAUCAGAUGCUUUUACUGCACACACUAACACAAAUGAGACUUGUUUCCAAGAUAAAAGUUCUUAGUUCAUUAUAUUUUCAUCAGAGACAUUUUCUCUCUCUUCUAUUUCCAUUUUACUUGUUCCUGUGUCUCAAGUCCACCUUCCUGGGGAAGGAUUCCGAAUUCCAUGAGUCACCAUUCUGUCCCCAGUAGGUUUCUUGUUUUGCCAAAAAGCUCUGGAUAAUAAUACACAGGCUGUUUAAAAAAAAAUUGAUGCUAUUUGCAGAAACAGACAUCAGUACGCUAGCAAACUCUGAUAUUCAUGUGCUCGACUCAAGAGUCACAUUGAGAUCAUCAUUAUCCAAACAGGUCAGCACAUAAUAUAUUUCUCAAACAUUGCACUAGACUCAUUCUCCCCUUAGAAGUGUGUAGGCAUGUUUCUUCCUAUCAGAUUAUUUUAAAAGUCUCAAACAAAGGAUUUUGCAGCUUUUAAAACUUUUUUUUUUUUUUAAGAAAAACUCCAUUUAUCAUAUUUUAAAAAGCACAAAUCCAUGUAGCUGUUGACAAUUUUUAUUUAAUUAAAAGAAAAUCUUUAUCCCCUGAACUAGAAA